GAGCUGUGCGAGACAAGGGUGGCGGCUAUUUGCUGAAACACAGCGGCAUCAGACGUGUGUGCGACAGAUUGCCAACAAGCAGUUCUCACCCGAAGCUUUUAUGCAAGACCCUCAUGCUUUUGAACCAGAUGAUUCAUAUUUUUUACAAACAAUAUUCAUAUUGGGAGAAGGAAAAGUACAGCGUGAGCUCUCUGUGUCUUCAUUGCUUCAACAUGAGUUCAUAUCAGCUCUUUUCCAUGUUGUUUAAAUCUUGAAAAACAAAUGACAACUUACCUCGAGAGGAACAUGUACUUGUCUUCAUACAACUUGGCCAAAGACCUCCUCCACCCUGCUAUUGACAAUGAGAGAAGACAGCACAAGAAGAAAAGACUUGUUCAGAGUCCUAACUCCUACUUUAUGGACGUGAAGUGUCCAGGCUGCUACAAGAUCACCACUGUGUUCAGCCAUGCACAGACAGUGGUUCUAUGUGUGGGAUGCUCAACUGUGUUGUGCCAGCCAAAAGGAGGAAAGGCCAGACUGACAGAAGGUUGCUCUUUCAGGAGGAAGCAACAUUAAAAAGGGAUUGCCUAAUCAGUCAUGUCUGUAAUUCUGCCAUGGCGUUGAUAAACAUCAAAUUUUUCCAUUGAUUACAAUGUAGUUGUUCAUUUAAUAAUGAUUGUCACUGUACAAAUGUUCAACUUUUAAGAUGAGUUUCUAAACUUGCCAGCAGUUUUUAAGAAUACGAAAUGAGAGAUCUUAAUAAAUAAAGCUGUUAUAAAAACUAA